UUGUACCCAGCCACCGGAUAAAGUGUUUACGAUGUCUUCUUGGCCAUGGCUCUUGAGAUUGAAACGUCUCUUAAUUGCAUGUUAAUUGCUCUAACCACCAGAAGAAAGAGCCAAGAACUUGCAGAUCGACGGAAGAUUCUGACACAGACACAGUGUACGAAGAAGUCACUGGAGAUUGUUAUGUAUUUUCUUCAGUUCAGUUCAGUUGUAUUCUUUUCUUUUCUGUUCUUUUCAGUAGUUCUGUGUAAACUGGACUGCAGGUUCGGGCUAAAACAGUUGCACUCAUUUGUUGGCCCAGUCGUUCUGGCUGCUCUUGAUCUUCCCAUUGUGGUUCUUCAGUUCUUCUGUUCUCCAGUUCUCCAGUUGCCCAGCUUUCGAGUUCUCAAGUUCCCGAGUGCAAGUAAGUACCCACUUGUGCCCGUACCCCGCUGUCUUCUCGGCCCCAGCCUCUGGUGAAACAGAGACAAAGACAAGUUUUUCAAGUUUUCCGACGACGGGGGCACAUGAAGUCAUUCAAGUGGAAGCAAAAGCAACGAACUGGACGGUAGUCGUGGACAGGCGAAAGGCUUGUGGUCUCUGGUCUUCGGUCUCUUGUCUUUUCUACUCCGGGCUGUCAUUCGCACUUGAAGAUCAAGUGAUAUAUGUCUGGCUGUCUGCCUAUAUGCGACGUAUGUGAGUAUGUACCAAGUAGAAUCACUGGCAGUCGUAUAUUUACACGGUAUCAGGCAAAGUCUAUGGGGAGCCAAUAAGUUUCGAUUAGAUAAGAAUCGGGUACUUGACGCACUCGCAGUCUCAGUCUUCUGUCUUCUGUCUGCUGUAAGGUGUUGUAUGUGUCGCUGCUAUUCAGAUGUUCAGUUGGUGUAAGUGAGCAAGUUAUAGACCACUUCACGUCACAGGCAUUGGGAAACUGUGAAGUGCUCUAAAUGCUACAAUAAGUUGACUAACAGUGUUCUAAAGUGGCAAGAAAAAGGGGUCAAAGGGGUGUAUUAAGUAUAGCAAAUGUAAAUAUUUUAGAUACUCCACUUGGAAGUUUAGAAUUUAAAACUCUCUGUUAUAGGAUUAUAAUAAGAUACUAAAAGCCCAAAGAAGUAUGAUAAUAUCCAUAGUCACCAGCUAGAACACUAAACUUAAUGGCCAAUGAAGUUUCAUACUUCUAAGAACUUGGGGUUAGUAACUGACCGCAUUGUAACACCUUUAAAGUUUGAAGUGACUUGCCCAGCGAUAAAGUUUGUACUCAUAUAACCUGGAUUUUGGUGUAAAUAGUUGGGCAUGCCCCCUCUUUAUCAUGGUUUUGUGUACUUUGUGUGGCUUUGGUUAGAUAUGUAAGUAUGAAUAAAAAAAGGGAACCCAACAACGAGCGACAAAAGCGGAGCACUGACCCAAUUCAAAAUUGAAAUGAAUAUUCCUAAGGCUUGUAAACGGGGCAUUGUGCCGGCGUGUUUGUACGGAUUCGCAGUCAGGUGUUAAUUAAAUUUAUUUAAACCCUCUUGAGCUAAAUCUACGAUUUCAAUGCAACGAUACGAGCCAAAUGAAGCGUGCCCAAAUGGCUUUGCCCUUUGGGGCUUGGCUUUCAGUAUGGAAAACCAAAUGCGUUGACAAUUCGAAGGGGAGCCCCAAAAACCAGAAAACUAACCACAGCGGAUUGGAUCGGUUCGGCUUGGAUGGCCAUCCAGCGCCCACAAAAAUUGUGGCCAAAUGUAAUUGCCAAAAGCACAUCAACAACUUUUAUCACAAAACCUGUCACUUGCGCCGCCGACUCUGCCAAAUGGCCUCAACAUAACUAUUGGACAUAAUUAAGCCAUCAAACCAAAAUCUUUGCCAUUUGCGUUGACAGUAACUUGUCGCUGUGUUGGACAACACAGUGCGCACUGCGAACACGGCUCGCAAAACUAAUUAAUUAAAAUGAACUACUCAAAAUGUUGGCAACACUCGGCAAUUUCGGUUUUGGCAUUUUCGGUUACGACACUUUUGGUGUGAUGAGUUUGGAUGAUUUAGGGGGAAUUAAGCGAUAAAAUCAAGCAUUACCAAAUUCAUUUGGCGUUUUUACGGUUAAAUACAAUUUUUAUCUGAUCAUGGUAUGACUUUUUGAUUACUUUCUUAUGAAUUUGUUUACAGUUUUUAAUUUUUUUAAGACAUUCAUAGGUAACUAGUUUGAAUUGGCAGAUGCCAUAACAUUCAAUUCCAAACUUAUAAACAGAAGUUGUGGCUUAUUAUAAUUUAUUACCCAGUUCAUCCCUGGGGAUCCAUGGCUACCACCAGGCUUUUCCUUUAACUACCAAACAAUACGAAGAUCCAUGGAAACCCAACAACUCCUCGACAGGAAAACCAACCAAAUAAUUCAGUCAUUGGGUAAUACUUAAACCAUGCAAUAUUGCUGGCUUCCACAGGAGCGACGUGAACCCGUUUUACGGGAAAAACCACCGGUGGUCAUCUCAAACAAGCGAUUCCAGCGCAUCCGUGCCCAUGCUACGCAAGCGGCCAAACAGGAGCAACUGCAUCAGCAGCAGCUUCGUGAUGAGGCGGAUGAGAAACUUCGAAUCGGAGGCGAGGAACUCCUGCGGAAAUUUGCUGGUCGAAAUCUCUGCAUCACGCGGGAGGAGGAGUGCGCCCGGGAACUGAAGCAACUGCAGGCUGAGCAACUGGAGGCCAAGCGUCUGGCGGAGGAGGAAAGCAAGGCAGCUCGCCUGGAGCAUCAGAAAACCAGGAAGAAGCGCAUAGAGGCUGCCCAGAAACUGCUAGAGCAACUGCGUCCUGGUCCGCGGGAAUUGCAGUGCGCGCGUCUUCAGAGCGAAGUUAUGCGAAGUGUCAAUGUCCAAAGGGAAGUGCAGGCGGAGUUCGCCAGGGUCAACCAGCAACAGAAGGAGCUGGACAGGAAGAUCUUCCAGGAGCAAGUGCUUCGGGGUUUUGAGGAGGCCCAACAGCGUCACAAGGAGCAGUGUCAACAGCUAAGUGAGCAUAAAAAGGAUUUAUUGCACUUAAUUGCGGAGAGGGAAAGGGAACGCCAGGCCACCAAAGACAAGGAAUUGGAGGAGGCGCUCAAGGAGCGGGAACGCAAUGAGCGCAUGAUGAAGGAUCAGCAGGCCAAGGAGAAGGAGCAGCAGGGCGCCAAGCAGCGCAAGAAAAAAGAUGAGGCAUUGGCCUCCUUGGUCAUGUCCGAUCAGCGCCAGAAGCGACUCCAGAUGCUGGAGGAGAUGGAGCAGGUGCGGUGCGAUAUCCACAACAAAGCCAAGGGACACUUGGAGCAGCUGAAACGGGACAGAGCAAAGGAGCGAGUGGAUCAACGUAUCCGGCGAAAUGAAAAACUGGCCAAGGAACUGGCUCCUCGCCUGCACUACAGUGCUCGGGAGGAUGAGGAGCGCCAUAAGCGCCAGCUGGAAGAGAUGCGAAAAGUUCACAGUGCCGAGCAGGCCAAAUGGAGAAAGUCCAAGGAACAGGCCAAGAACGCCCGUUUGGCUGUGCAAAGAGAGGAGGAGGAGCUGGCCAGGAAGAGCAGGCAAAAAGCAGAGCAGGAUCGCAAGCUGGCGGAGGAACUGCGCCUGCAAAACGAUCGAACCAAUGUGGAGUUUAAGCGGCAGCAACGGGAGGAGCACCUUCAAAGGAUAAGGAAACUCCGCCAGGAUCUCGACGAACAGGUUAAGAAACGCACCGAGGAGGAGACCCGUCCAGGAACCAACUACAACAGGGAGGCCCAAUUGCAGGAACUGCGCGAGGACGACUUCUUCUUCGAUUACGCCCGUCAGCUGAUGGACGAAGCCCAAGCCAAGGGAUGUCCCCUAAAACCAUUUAUUCGCGCUGUGGGUCAGUACAAAAACGAUAAUCGGAUAGGAGCAGAGAUACGAAUUCCUCGUCACAUGGUCACUCGAUUGCCCAUGGGCAGGAGAACUCAAGGAGAUAGCCAGGCGGAGGGAAAGGAAAAACCAUUGGACAAACAGGAACCCAAUUCCGAGGAGUUGAGCAAAGAGGAUAAGCUUUUGAGACAGAAAAUCAAGGAGAAUCUCAAGAAAAUCGAGGCGUUGGUUUUACAGGAGGGCAAGGAUAAAGAUGAUCAAAAGAAAUAAGCUUUUAAACUUUUAAUAAAAACUACAAGUUAAACCUGAGUAAACAGAUGCAGUCAACUUAAACCGAAAUGGUUGUAACUUAAAACACCUAACUUGACAUCAAUUGUGGUCAAAUUUUGUAGGCUGUAACUCGAAGACAAAGUAUUCGUAAGAUAUCCAUUACAAUGGCAACUGGAAACUCCUCAUCAAAAGUAUUGAAUUGCAAUUAAAGGUGCGAAAUUCAAUUCACUGCCGUUCGAUAUCCAGUGCCAUUAGUCACAUCUUUUUUUUUACUUAAUUUCUUACUUUUGUAUGAUAAUGGUAUAAACAUAAAAGUAAU